CCGGGAACCUGUCUGACCCGGCGCCCGCCAUGGAGCGGGCUGCCCGGCCCUGGGCCCACACCCGCGCCGCGCUAGGCCGCCUGGAGAAGCUGCUGCAUUGCUCCCGCUGUGAUCAUAUUCUGAGGGAGCCUGUGUGCUUAGGAGGAUGUGAGCACAUCUUCUGUAGUGAUUGUGUAAGGGACUGUGUUGGAUCAGCAUGUCCAGUGUGUCACACCCCAGCCUGGAUACUAGACAUCAAGAUGAACAGACAAUUGGACAGUAUGAUCCAGCUUUAUAGUAAACUUCAGAAUUUGCUACAUGACAGUAAACUUUCAGAUCCAGAAGAUACAUCUGGGGAAGAUUUAUUUAGUAAUGCAGUAAACAAGAAGAAUUCAAUAAAAAUGUGGUUUAGUCCUCGAAAGAAGAAGGUCAGAUAUGUUGUGAAUAAAGUUUCAGCACAAACUCAGCCUCAAAAGACUCAGCAAACCUCAGUGUUUGACUUUGUUUCUCUAACUCCUCCUGACGUUGUUUCUAAGCGAGCUAAAGUGGCUUCUACAUCUGUGAAAAAGCAGCAGAAGAAAACUUUAGCUGAGAUUAACCAAGAAUGGAAUUUGGGGCCCGAGCAAGAAGGUAGUGAACCUGAUUCCAAACAAGAAUUUAAGGAGAGACUGGUGUCUUUCUGUAGCCAACCGUCUGUUAUUGAGAGUCCACAGAUAAACAGUGAAAUAGACUUACUAGCAAGUGGCUCUGUAGCUGAAUCUGAAUGUUUUGGAAGCUUGACUGAAGGCUCUUUACCACUGGCUGAGCAUAUUGUGUCUCCAGAGAUUGAGAGCAGCAGUGAAGGGACUCCUCAGAGCAAGGUCUGUGUGCAGGAUCGUUGCUCAGAGACAUCUUUGUCGUCAGGGUACAGUGGAAAUCAUGAAAGCCUUGGCAGACCUUCGAGUCCCACUCGUAAAAGAUCUGAAAGCAACAUUCCAAGCACCAGGAGAGAGUUUGUCAAACCAAGGAUGUGUACAGAAAGCAUACUUUUGCUGGACUGUUCCUCCCCACCUUCAGGCAAACUUCAGGUUGAUGCCUCACUCGGGAGAAGCAAUAAUGCUUCAGAUGACUCCCUUAGCCUUUCACCCGGUACACCCACAGCUACACUGAAUAAUUCAACUUACAGACAAAUGAUGCCAAGCCCCUCCACAGUGAAGCUGUCACCCAGUAGCCGUGUGACUGGGAAAAGAAAUCACAGAGGAGAGACUUUGCUUCAUAUUGCUUCUAUUAAGGGCGAUAUACCUUCUGUUGACUACCUCUUGCAAAGUGGAAACGACCCCAACGUUAAAGACCAUGCUGGAUGGACACCGUUGCAUGAAGCCUGUAGCCAUGGGCACCUGAAGAUAGUGGAAUUGCUGCUCCAGCACAAUGCUUUGGUGAACACUACUGGCUAUCAGAAUGACUCCCCUCUUCAUGAUGCGGCCAAGAAUGGGCAUGUGGACAUAGUGAAGCUGUUGCUCUCCUAUGGCGCUUCCAGGAAUGCCGUUAACAUAUUUGGUAUACGACCUGUGGAUUGUACAGACAAUGAAAAUAUAAAAUCAUUAUUGCUGAUACCAGAGAAGAAUGAAUCAUCCUCAACUAACCAUUGCUCAGUCGUGAAUACGCAGCGAAAGAGUGGACGGCCGUUGAUACUUACAGGCAGUGGGCUUUCUUCAGAACAACAGAAAAUGCUCAGCAAACUUGCCACAAUUCUUAAAGCUAAAAAAUGUGCUGAGUUUGACAGUACAGUAACUCAUGUCAUUGUUCCUGAUGAAGAAGCCCAAAGUACUUUGAAGUGUAUGCUUGGGAUUCUCAAUGGAUGCUGGAUCCUAACAUUUGACUGGGUGAAAGCCUGUCUGAAAAGCAAAGUGUGCGAGCAGGAAGAGAAGUAUGAAGUUCCAGAAGGUCCGCCGAGAAGCAGGCGCAACAAAGAACAGCUGUUGCCAAGACUGUUUGAUGGAUGCUACUUCUUUUUUUGGGGAAACUUCAUACAUCAUCCAAAGGACAGCCUUCUUAAACUAGUUGAUGCAGCAGGGGGCAAGGUCCUCAGUAGAAAACCCAAACCAGACAGUGAUGUGACUCAGACCAUCAACACUGUUGCGUACCAUGCCCAACCUGAUUCUGACCAGCGCUUCUGCACGCAGUACAUCGUCUAUGAAGAUGUGUUUCACUGUCGCCCAGAAAGGGUUCGGCAGGGCAAAGUCUGGAUGGCCCCUUCCAGCUGGCUUAUCAACUGUGUGAUGGCCUUUGAACUACUUCCUCUUGACAGUUGACUAUGUCUUACCAGGCAAACAUUUCAAGCUGAAUGUGAAUGGCCUAUGAGAAUGUUAAACUAGUUGUUAAAGUCCGUUGUUAAACUUUUCCUCAUUCGUAUUUUUAUGGAUAAGUAGACCCAUUCACAUUUUUUUUUCUUUUGAAUUAAAAAAAGCAAAACAAAAAAAAACCCAACCAACCCCUCCAAAUUAUUCUAGAUUAGGAAUUCAUUUAGAUACCAAAACUACUGUUUAAGAUUUUACUUCUCUGUAGAGUGGAGCGUCACUCAGAGCCAUGCAUCAGGCAUUGGAUUCCAUCCCUAGAACUACAAAAGUUUUCAUUCUGUAAGUGGCCUGUGGUUUUGAUUCAUCAUGUCUUUUAGUUCUGUUUAUCAUCUAUCAAAGAUCAGUAGCUGAGAUGACCUCAGAACAUUUGGCUGAAUCUCCAAGUGGUCUGUCAUUACUGUUUCAACAUUUUAACUUGUCAUCCUUUAGUGAACAGUGUCAUGAUUUAUUUUGUCUUUGUUGUAAUGGAAAGAGAGCAUCUAUCUAAAUAAGUCACCAUAGUUGUAAAAUUCUGUAUGUAUUUAUCUUUACAUUGUUUUUUCGUUUAAAUUUCCUGGCUUUCCUUCAUUUUUAUUCCUUUUAAAAUCUUGUGUAAUCAAGAAAUCAUGACUUAAACCAUUCAUUAUUGAGUGGUAGUGGUGAGAUCAGCAAGAGGCUUGUUCUGCAUCAUUUUAUUGGCUGUUUACUGUGUAUUUGGUCAUAUUUCUAUUUUCUGCAACAUACUUUAUGAUCAGCAUUUGCUAGAAGGUCUUACCAGUUUAGAAAACUGUCAGUAUAUUAGAUUAGACGUGACCUGUUUGUGGUAAACCUUGCUGGGUAUUUCAAAAUAGGUUUAGGUAAGCUCUUCAUCCCUUCUUCUCCUUCUCCUCCUCCUCCUACUCCUCCUUCACCUCCUCCUCCUUCCUUUCUCUCUCCCUCCUUUUCUCUUUCCGUCUCUUUUGUUUGUGAUACUGGGUAUGGAAGUUAGGGUCUUAUGUAUGCUAGACAGAGUGCUCUGCCACUAGGCUAUAUCCCUAUGUGUUCUUUUGACACCUGAAAUUAAGUUAAAUCUAGGACCAAACAUGCCAAGUGAUCUGCCACUGAGCUAUAUCCCCAACCUUUUAUUUAUUGUGAGACAGUCUUUCUAAGUUAACUAGGUUGGCUUUGAACUCAGUUUUAAUUUUGUUGCAGUUUUUACGUUGGUGGGUAGGCAGAAAUUGGAGAUUACUUGAUUUAUACCAUUUUUAUCAUUCCCUACAAAAUGACCAUAGCAAUGAAUAGAGAAGUAUGGGUGAGAAGCACAUUCUCCUGAUACUAAAACAGUCAAGGUGGAAAACUAUAUGGCAUACCUGAGCGCAUCCCCACUGGCAGCUCAUCCCUUCUGGCCUGUGAGCUGUCAUUGUGAAUCAGCAUGCUAGAUCAUCUUAAAGUGCCUUUUAAGAAGAGAACUUUGGUAAAUCUUCCCAGAAAUUGAUUCAUGAUACUACAGUUUGGGGAAGGAGAUACUGUAAAACUGCCAGUUGUGUCCCUCAUGUGCAGACUGUGACAGCGUGACAGCUUGGGGAUGAUAGCAUGGCUCUAAUUCAGAACACCAAGAGGCUGCAAAGCUACUCAUUUUGAGGUUCGCUUACUAAGAAGGUUUGAUAUUCUGCUAAUCAUUUGAAAAUGUUUUCCCUAAGUCCUUUGAUAGAUUACUUUUUCAUGUCAACAGGUGUGUUACAUGAAUAAAAUAAUAUAUUUUCCUGACCCUGACCUUCCAGGCUGAAUUAGCUUAGGAAGUCUACAACUCUUAGUGUUGGGCUUGUAUUUUAUUCCUGGUGAAUCUGAGGGGUUAGGUAACACUUGGAGUAAGUAAUAUAAAAUUUGGGUUUGGAUUGUGGCGACUUAUUUAUUUUGACCGUUAAGUAGCUUUCUGUUGGAUCACAGAUCUUUUUCCUGAUCAGGUUUCUGUUCCUUGCUAUGAAUUCCUGUUUUUAAAAACACCUUCAGAGGUUCCUGUUCCUGUUUGUUCAUUUGCUUGGUUUCUUCCUCCUCCCUCUCAUUUUCCCUCUCCUCUUCCCUCUCCUCACUAGUAGUAGUAUUUCUGAGUGCUCUUGAGACUAAUUUUUAUACAAUUGGUUUAUCUUAAGCACUUAACAUUGGAGGUUGUGCUUCCUUAUGUAGAAGUGCGUGUAAUUUUCAUUUUUCUAUACUGGAUUUAUGCUUCACUUUUGUUUACCAUAAAUCAUUAAAGUUUAUUUGUGCUUA